CAGGUGAUGGCCACGGCAGAUACAUUACAUGGCCUCCCGCUCAAAGCCAACAUGAAUUCCCCUGUGUACAAAGAAUGUCGAGCUUGCGGUCGCUACGCCCAAUGUCCCGGCACUCGAGCAACACUCUGAACGCGGCUUCAUCACGACAACCGUCGUCAUUGCUGCCGUCCGUCGCCGCCGCCACCACCAACAAUUCGUCAUCGUCUCAUCAGAUCCGAACGCACCGAACCGCCGCCAUCGACACGGGCCCCUGUUCGAAGACCACGAUGCAGAAUCCCGUCAUCGUGGUGGGCGCGGGCCUCGCCGGCCUGACGGCCUCCUUCGCCGCCCUCCGUGCCGGCUCGCCCGUCAUCCUCCUCGAGCGAGCCGCCGCGGCCGGUGGUAACAGCAUCAAGGCGUCUUCGGGAAUCAACGGCGCCCCGACCGUCUAUCAGUCGGACUCCGUGCACGACACUUUCUUCUACGACGACACGGUCCGCAGCGCCGGCUCGCGCAUGCGCUCGGCGGAGAGGCCCCGACGGGAGGCCUUGAUAGCGCAGCUGACCAACCGCUCCGCCGCCGCCAUCGAUUUCCUCGUCAAUGACAUCGGCGUCGACCUGAGCGUAGUGUCGCUGAUGGGCGGGCACUCGGUGGCGCGGACGCACCGCGGCGGCGGAGGCACCCCGCCCGGCUGGUCCAUCGUUAAAGCCAUGCUAGAUUCCCUGAAGCGAGACAUGAGGUUCCAGCUGCGCACGGAGCACGAGGUCACCCAGCUCCUGACCUCCCCCCGGGUCGACGGCGAGGAUGGCACCGCCACCGUCACGGGCGUCGAGGUCGCGCACUGGGGCGAGAUGACGCGGCUCCACGGGCCCGUCGUCUUCGCAACGGGCGGCUUCGCGGGCGACGCCGACGGCCUUCUCGCGCGGUACAGGCCCGACCUCGCUGGGUGCCCGAGCACUAACAGCCCGCGACCCGGGAUGCAUGGUCUCUUGACGGCGGUGGGGGCCGAGCUGGUCGACAUGGAGGGCGUGCAGAUCCAUCCCACGGGCUUCAUCGAUCCGGCGAAGCCCAACGAGGGGGGUAAGAUUCUCGCGGCGGAGAUGCUCCGCGGCGAGGGGGGCAUCCUACUGCACGAGGGACGGCGGUUCGUCAACGAGAUGGGUACGCGCGAACAUGUCAGCGACAUCAUCAUGAAGCUUCCCUUGCACCGUGAGUCGACGGGGACAAACGGGAGUGUCGCGCCGAGGCAGUGGGAUGUGCAGCUGCUGCUUGACCCGGGGGCCUUUGCCCGCACAAAGACCAACGUCAACUUUUACCUGAGCAAGGGCCUCAUGUCCAAGCGCAAGGUCAAGGAGCUUGAUGAGACGACGCGGGAGACGCUCAGGGAAUACGCGGGCAUCGUCGCGGGCCAGAACGAUGACAGCUUCGGCAGGACGGCAUUUGGGCACUGGACGCUCCGCUGGGAGGACGGCGUCGUCGACGAGGCCGACGUGUACGUCGGGCGGGUCACGCCCGUGGUGCACUUCACUAUGGGCGGCGCCGUCAUCGACGAGCAGAGCCGCGUCCUGGCAUCAUCGCUGAGCGCGCCCGCGGCCCGGCCGGUCAAGGGGCUGUGGGCCGCGGGUGAGAUCACGGGCGGCAUCCACGGCGACAACCGGCUGGGCGGUUCGUCGCUGCUCGAGUGCGUCGUCUACGGCCUCGUCGCCGGGGAGGAGGCAAGCAAAUAUGGCAAGACGCUCGACGACGCCGCCGCCGGGCGAGCGUCGCACUCGUCGUCCUCCCAGGAUAUGGAGCCUUCGCGCUCAGGGUGGAAAGACUUGUAGGGGAGGGAGUCGAUGAUUUUGGUGUUUUUUAUAUACAGGCAUGGCGCAAGUAGUCUAGCCGUCCUGUCACACGCUGCC